AUGUCAAGAGAGGGUGGGAGUGCGCUUAUGAGGGAGACCACUCGAGAACCACGCCGUGGUGGGCCAUACUUGUGUAUGGGGGCGUGUGCUUGGGCGUGGGACGCAGAGAAAAGCUCGGUUGAGGUUGGAUGGGGCGUGAGGUUGUGGGCAAGCUUCGCAAGAGGAUCCCCUGGGCAAGCUCCGCCCGUUGGUGUAAGACAGGGGCGUCCCCUGGCCCUCGACGUUUCGGGGGAGGGUAUAUCCACCCCAAGUGCCAAGGUGCAAUGCAGACGAGUGUGCGGAUACGUGGUGGUUCUCAAAAGAGAGCACCAAAACAAGAUGAGGCAAGGCAAUGACGGAGGUAUUCAGUGGGACUCUGGAAAAAACUGGAAAGAGACGGAAACGUUUGCCUACCUGAUGGUCACAGAAGAUGUGCGCCCAAUGCAGAAAAAGCAGGGUGUCGAGCCGACGGUAAACACUCAGAGGCAAGUGUGUUCCGUUUCGUCGGGACGUGUCAUGAGCCAAAACUAUCCCUAG